UGUUACAUUUUAAAAAGUUCAUGAAAUAUACUGUGCUGGUAAAUCUUACCUAGAUAGAUCCAGAUCAUGGAUUUGUUGUCAAACUGAAUACUUUCUUGUUGCAUAAAUACAACUGUGACCUUAUAUUAGGGUAAAUUGUAUAGUACGGUUACUGUUAUUAUAUUCUAUAUUCCACUGCAUUCAAAUGUGUGAAUGUGUACUUUGUUUGUUCACACAUGUAUUUCUUUUACUUAGUUACAUGGAAUUCGCCAUCUAACGGGGCUACAGAAACGCUAGCAGAAGACAGGACCGUUGGUUCGGUAAUUGUUACUUUAAAUGCGACUGCAUCGAAUACCAUAAUUUACGUCAUAGUGAGCCAAACGCCACCGGAAGACAAAUUUGGAAUAGACAACACAAAUGAACUUUAUCUUAAAGCAGAACUAGACUAUGAAACAACAAGUUUAUACGAUGUCAAAAUAAGAGCUUUGGAUAACUUGGCAAGUGGACAAGCUGACAUAACAUUAACCAUUACUGUAACAGAUGUAAACGACAAUGCACCUGUGAUUGCAUCCGACACAUCGAGCGAUUUACCAACAAAUACAGCUGUAGGUUCGAUUGUGUUCGUCGUUACUGCAGCUGAUGUGGACACUGUUGGCACAGUAACUUAUUCAAUAACAAGUGGAAAUGUCAACCACGAUUUCAGUAUAAAUGCUAUGACAGGGGAGAUCACUUUGAAUAAUGCACUUGAUAUCAAUACUACCCCAGAAUACGACAUUGGUAUUGAAGCAACAGACGGUGUAAACAGUGUUACCCAGACUAUAACUUUCUAUGUGAAUGACGUUAUUUGGCGAACACCCAAAGACGGACAGACAGACAUACUUGCUGAAAAUACACCGAUCGAUACAACUGUAAUAACACUACAGGCAGACAAUUCAGUUAUUUAUUCCUUUACACUGCUGAAGCUGGCAGCUGAAGAAUCCAAAUUCAGGAUAGAGGGCGGUGCCCUUAAACUUAAAGAAUCUCUAGAUUAUGAAAUAACAAAGUCAUACACAUUCACCUUAAAAGCUCUUAAGUCUUCGUCGCUUUCUGCUGUAAUAACUUACAAUGUCAAUAUAACAGAUGUUAACGAUGAACCUCCGGUGUUUUCAAGUGCCACAUCACUGGAUUUAUCAAAAGACACAGACAUAGGUUCAGUUGUUUAUACUGCAGAGGUAACGGAUCCAGAUACAGUUGGUAGCUCUACAUUUUUAAUAGCAAGCGGAAAUACGAACGCAGAUUUUAGUAUAAACACAACGACUGGCGAUUUAACUCUUGAUAAGGCACUGGAUCCUAAUGUUACCCAAACAUACAGUCUGGUGGUUGAAGCGACUGUCAUUGUGAACAAAACUUUUGUUAACAUUUGUGUUCUAGUUGCCUGGACUGAACCAGAAAAAGGAACGAUAGAUGAGCUCCCCGAGGACAUAGCAGUGAACACAGUGAUACAAAAUCGGACUGCAGAAACAGCAACAUCUUAUAUCAUCAGAGACCAAAUUCCAUAUCCUGAACAGUUUGGUAUAAUAAUUAAUACAAACGAGCUGGUGCUUGUGUCUGAACUGGACUAUGAAAAUACCACUACGCACAUUAUUUCAUUAAGAGCCUUAGAUGGAUCAGGGAAAUCAGCAGAUAUCAGUUACAUUGUUAAUGUUAUUGAUGUAAAUGAUCUGGAACCCGAGUUUGUGUCAGACACAUUUGAAGUCAUUCCGGAAAAUACCCCAGUUGGAAACACAAUUUACACUGCCUCAGCAACCGACGAUGACACUGUUGGUACUGUCAGCUACUCCAUAACAGGCGGAAAUACGAAUACUUCUUUUAAAAUCAACACCACAGCUGGCGAUUUGACUCUUGAUAAGGCACUGGAUCCUGACGUUACCCUGACAUACAGUCUGGUGAUAGAAGCGACUGACAGUGAAUUCACAGUCACCAUGACGCUAAGCAUCGCAGUGAACAGAGGAACGAGUUUGGGAGAAUGUAACUAUCCUAGUUACUGUGGACCACACUGUGAACUCUCAUGUCAAGAUGGUUGUGUAUCCCAACAUUGCAACCAGUCUUGUGACUGUGUAAAAGGAUGUAAUUCUAACUACUGGGGAGAAAAAUGCAAGACGCCCUGCAGUGCAAGCUGCAAUAAGCCUAUAGACGACAGCAUUGCCACAUGCGACAGCAGUAAUGGGACUUGUCUUUCGGGUAUUAACGAAAAUAAGUUCUGGGAUAAUCAUUGCGAUACAUCCUGCUCAGACGGUUGUUUACAUAGAAAAUGUCAACAGGAAUCCGGAUAUUGCACAGAAGGAUGAAAUAGUAAAAUUGUAUAUGGUUUAUUUUGUGAUAAACAAUGCAAUGAAAACUGUCUCGAAAAUACUUGUGAAAGAUCUGAUGGUUAUUGCAACUUUGGUUGUGCUGCAGGAAGCUAUGGGGAGCGCUGUGAUAAGACAUGUAAUAUAAACUGUAUAAAUGGUACUUGCAAGCGGGACAAUGGCUAUUGCGACAACCACUGUGAUAGGCAGUUACGGAGAACAAUGUGAUUUAGUUUGCAGUGGCAAAUGUUUGAAUUGGAAGUGUGAUAUGGUAAGCGGUCAUUGUACAGAUGGAUGCAUAUCUGGACGUGGAGGAGCAUUUUGUGAAAAUGUGAAUGAAACUAAAGCUGUGUACUAUUGCAAAGAAGGUAACAAAGCCACGAGUAUUAUACACAAAGACACAGUGAAGGAAGAAGAACAACCGCCAAUAAGGUAACUUUUUUGACAUGGCAAAUUAUACUUGUAGAUAUGCAAAAUUACAAAUUCGAGUAAAAUAUAGAGAACUGCAUAUGAAU